AUGGCGCUAAUACAGCGCAGGAACACCAUCAGGUAUUCAUCCUGCAAAAUGCAGCGCAAGCGCUCAAGGACGGAGUACGCACGAGCGCUGUCUGUGCGCUACCAGAAGGUCACUUGUUCAUGUGCAGGAUCCCGGAGCCUAGACCAAGGCCGACUGUUCGAAGGGGACAUAAUACUACCAGGUGAUUCCUUGGGUGACAGAACUGCAGUGCCCAGAGACACGAAGCUAUGGCCCAAGGGAAUCAUUCCAUACGUCUUCGAACCGAGGCCAAAUCGGCAAAAGAGGCUCAUCCGGGAAGCCAUGGAACAAAUCGAAGCCGUGAGCUGCCUGCGUUUCGUGAACCGCACGACGGAGCGUGACUACGUCUACAUAGACCGCAACGACACAUGCGGAUCGUACGUCGGCCGCAAAGGAGGCCGCCAGCCUUUGUCAUUGGGGCUUGGCUGCAUGCAAAUCGGCUCGGUGAUGCACGAGCUCCUGCACGUCGUAGGCUUCCACCACGAGCACUCGAGAUCCGACAGGGACGAGUACAUUGAUGUCUUCCUGGACAAUGUGCAACGAGGGCGUGAGCACAAUUUCAACAAGAUGAGGCCCUUCGAGCACCGGCUGCUUUCGCCUUUCGACAUGGAUUCGAUAAUGCUGUACGGCUCGGAGUUCUUCGCACGUGCACCGGGCCUGUUCACCUUGUUGGCAAAGGACGGCAGCCGGCUGGAGGCGGUCUUCAACAAAAAGAGAAUCAGCGACAGCGACAUCCGUCGCAUUCGCAUGCUCUACCGCUGCUGAAGACUGCAUCGCUGCCUUUAAGACACAAUAACUUUAUUGAUUGUGGUUAAUUAGGCGUACUGUCAGUGCAAUACGAGAUUUUUGCAGGAUGAAGGCAGAGUACUGUCUGUCGCACUGUGAUCCAGAUGAAUUCCUGCGGUACGAUAUAGAGUAGCCUUGGUGCGGUAUAAGUGUGCAGUAACACAGUCAAUAGACCAUCGCGAUGUUAGGCGUAUCCCAUGAGAUUAUAGUAUAGACAACUUUGCGCACUCUGCCAUCUGGCUCCGAAGAGGUAGCCCGUGUUUGUUGGCAUGCAGUUAUCAUUUGCCCGGUCCACUGCUGAUGCACAGGUGACUAUAUACUCAACGGGGAGCACUCAAAAUACCGAGAAAUAUACUAAAUGCAACUGUGCUCAGUGCACGCGUAACGAAGCAGUACGAUGAAGAAUUGUUUCAGCAGUUUCGAGGCAGUCAGCACAAGAACACAAGUGACAACACAAGAUUCUUUUUUUACGGAGCAUUAUAUGACAACGACUGGUAUCCUCUGUAUCGA